CCAUUUAUUGCACGCUCGCCACUGCUAUCGGUCACACUUCCUUCAAUCUACUCAGCCUCUACUUUAUCAUUUCCUUUUUCCGUGACGCCUUCCUUGAGCCUGCCUACGAUUUCAAGUUUACUUUUCCGCGGCGAUCAUGCCUGGACAAACCUUGCCCACCUUCACCCCGGCUGAAGUUGAGUCGCACAAUAGCGCCAAAUCCUGCUAUGUGACCAUAGGCUCGAAAGUCUACGAUAUCACAUCGUUUGUGGAUGAUCACCCAGGUGGGGGAGAUUUGGUUCUUGAAUAUGCUGGGAAAGAUGUGACGGAGAUUCUACGGGAUCCGGUAUCUCAUACCCAUUCUGAAUCCGCAUAUGAGAUCUUGGAGGACAAUCUGGUUGGGUUUAUCGGUUCCGAAUCGAGCUCAAAGUGCGCGAAUGGAUCUGCGAAUGGAAAGCCGGUGUACGCCAGCACUGGGAUGUCUACAGCGGAAGACCUAUCCGUGGAAACCGACGCUGUCCAGGAUUAUCAAAAGCACAAGUUCCUGGAUCUCAAUAAGCCUCUGCUUAUGCAGCUGUGGAACAGCGGGUUCAGCAAAGAGUUCUACCUAGAACAAGUUCACCGGCCACGUCACUACAAAGGGGGAGACUCUGCUCCUCUCUUUGGAAACUUCCUUGAGCCUCUUAGCAAAACCGCUUGGUAUGUUGUACCGAUUGUGUGGCUUCCUCCUGUCCUCUACGGGACUUAUCUUGGGGCUUCUGGCCUGGGACGUGCUCCUGCCGCGGCUGCUUAUUGGCUGUUCGGGUUCUUCUUAUGGAGUUUGAUUGAAUACCUCAUGCAUAGGUUUUUAUUCCACCUUGACAAAUACCUUCCUGAUAACCGAGUCGGAAUAACUCUACAUUUCCUCCUGCAUGGCAUUCACCAUUAUCUACCGAUGGACAAGUAUCGGCUUGUGAUGCCGCCUAGCCUUUUUGUCAUCCUCGCUACGCCGUUCUGGAAACUUGCGCACACGGUAUUCUAUUACAACUGGAAUGCCGCCGUGCUCGCGUACUGUGGCGGCGUUUUUGGGUACAUUUGUUAUGACUUGACGCACUAUUUCCUCCACCAUCGCAAUCUCCCUUCGUACUACAAGGGGCUCAAAAAAUAUCAUCUUGAGCAUCACUUUGCCGAUUAUGAUAACGGCUUUGGCGUGACCAGCCGUUUCUGGGACUGGGUAUUCGGUACUGAGCUCGAACUCCCUCCUCCCAAGGUUCUGAAGACUCAAUAGAUGCGGAUGUUCUCUAUGAGCGGCUCUAAGUCUUUAUGACCUGUCAUGCCCGGACUGCUCUCUUUCUUUAUGGAAAUAAUGCUGCAACUGGUUGUGUCCUUUUCUAUAUCGACGCUUCAAGUGGAGUAUCUACACUCCUCCUUGGUAUCAUUCCCUAUAUGUAAAGCUACUUA